CCCGCCCUCCCGUGGGCGGCGACGGAGGCGGCGAUGGCGGCGGCGGCGGUGGCUUCGGCGGGGCGGCGGGGCGUCCUUGCCGCCCGCGGAGCGCGGCUGCUGCACGCGGGGCUGCCGGAGACGCACCGGAUGCUGCGGGAGACCUGCCGGGACUUCGCCGCGAAGGAGCUGGCGCCGCUCGCCGCCCGCCUCGACCGCGAGCACCGCUUCCCCGACCAGCAGAUUAAGAAAAUGGGGGCCCUGGGGCUCCUAGCGAUGGCUGUGCCCGAAAAAUACGCAGGAGCUGGCUUGGAUUGCUUGGCCUACACCGUCGCCCUGGAGGAGAUCAGCCGCGGCUGCGCGUCCACCGGCGUCAUCAUGAGCGUCAACAACUCGCUCUAUCUAGGACCAGUUUUGAAGUUUGGGUCUGAAGAGCAGAAACAGGAGUGGAUCCCUCCUUUCACCAGUGGGGAGAAAGUGGGGUGCUUUGCCCUGAGCGAGCCAGGAAACGGCAGCGACGCCGGAGCGGCAUCCACCGUGGCUCAGCUGGCUGGGGACGAGUGGGUGCUGAAUGGAACCAAGGCCUGGAUCACCAACGCCUGGGAGGCCUCGGCCGCCGUGGUCUUCGCCACCACAGACAAAGCCCUGAAGCACAAGGGCAUCAGCGCCUUCCUGGUGCCCAUGCCGUGCCCGGGCCUUUCAUUGGGCAAGAAGGAGGACAAGCUGGGCAUCAGGGCUUCCUCCACCGCCAACCUCAUUUUCGAAGACUGCCGCAUCCCCAAGGAGAACCUGCUGGGCGCGCAGGGGAUGGGCUUCAAGAUCGCCAUGCAAACCUUGGACUCCGGCCGGAUUGGAAUUGCUUCCCAGGCCUUGGGGAUUGGCCAGGCCGCUCUGGAUUGCGCCGUGGGUUACGCCGAGAAGAGGCUGGCAUUUGGGCACCCCCUCACCCAGCUGCAGGCCAUUCAGUUCAAGCUGGCUGACAUGGCAGUGGCGCUGGAGGGGGCUCGCCUGCUCACCUGGAGAGCAGCCACGUUGACUGACCACGGAAAGCCCUACACAAAGGAGGCAGCCAUGGCCAAGCUCUCGGCGUCCGAGGCAGCGACUUUCAUCUCCCACCAGGCGAUCCAGAUCCUGGGCGGGAUGGGCUAUGUGACGGAGAUGCCGGCCGAGCGCCACUACCGAGAUGCCCGCAUCACGGAGAUCUACGAGGGAACCAGCGAAAUCCAGAGGCUGGUGAUUGCCGGGCAGCUGCUGAAGGCCUAUCGAAGCUGAAGAGGACUGCUAUGGAAGAUGAGGGUCACGGGGCCCCCCUUAGGUCAGGAGCUGGCUUAAAUGGCGGGCAUCCACCCCUUGGCAGGCCAGGCACCCGACUCCUUUGAUGACCACGUCGCCGAUGGAGGUAGAGAAGAGGCACCUUGAAUCAUCGGGAACAAGGACCUUGGACAUGGGUGCACAAGUGCCUCCUAUCCCAGCCUUGGCAAAGUUCUCUAGUCUCUAGCUAAGAUCUACUCCAUCAUGGACCACGCGGAUUCCAGUGGGGCGAGAUCUGUCCAGGUGCAGUUUCUCUUUGUCUUCAGUGACAGCUGCAAGAAAGCAGGUUGUCGGGAAACAGAUCAGUGAGACAUUAACCGGGGAUUGGGAAGCGACCCAAAUCAACAAACCCUGAAAAGCUGCUGGUGUUGGUGGCAGAGAGCAAACCGUAGCCGUAAGACUCCCAAGUGCCUUGUUUGUGCCCCAAAGCCAAGUUUCCUCCACCCCAGAGGCAGAUGCCCGCCUUGAUGCAAUCAGAAUCGGCGAUUAAAUUUGAGCACUGACA